GUGGAUGUAAUUUUAAAUUAUUUUGUCUGUGGCAAUUUAUUUUACCUAAAGAAAUCUUUGAACUCGUUUCAAAAAUUUGUGAAUACCGUGAAAUAUUGGCGGACUUUGCGCCGCUAACAUAUUUUAAAUUGUGAAAUAUGUGCUGUUAACUUAUUGCAGUUGUUACACUUAAAACCAGUUAUACAGUUUUAUGAAUAAAUCAAAAAGCUGACAUUCGCAAGAUGCUCUACAUAAAUAUUUUGAAGCAAUCCACUAUAGUGCAUUUAUGUUUUGCUAUAUCUUAUUUCACCUCAGGCCUAUUGUUAAGUUGUGUUCAAGCCAUUUUAUACUUUGGACUUAAGCCAUGCAGCAAAACUCUGUACAGGAAAAUAAAUUAUUAUUUGGCUUAUUCAUUUUAUAGUCAAUUAGUGUUUAUGUCAGAAUGGUGGUCAGGCACAAAGUUGUCGCUGUAUAUUAAAAAAGAUGAAUAUGACAAGUUUUAUGGAAAGGAACAUGGCUAUCUUAUCAUGAACCACAGUUAUGAAGUAGACUGGCUCAUGGGUUGGCACUUCUGUGAUGGAAUCCAAGUUUUAGGAAACUGCAAAGCCUACGCAAAAAAAUCCAUACAGUACAUGCCGCCUAUAGGAUGGAUGUGGAAAUUUUCAGAGUUCGUAUUUUUGGAAAGGUCAUUUGACAAAGAUAAAGACAUAAUCAAAACGCAAAUAUCGGAAAUAUGUGAUUACCCGGAUCCCGUUUGGCUAUUAUUGACACCAGAAGGCACACGUUUCACUCAAACCAAACAUGAGGCAUCAAUAAAGUUCGCUAAAGAGAAGAAUCUUCCCUUACUCAAGCAUCACCUGACGCCGCGCACCCGGGGCUUCACCACAAGCCUGCAGUACUUUAGGGGCAAGAUACCCGCCAUAUAUAACAUACAGUUGGCCUUUGAGAGAAAUAGCAAGGUUCCCCCUACGUUAACUAGUAUGUUAUUUGGCAAGCCGGUGCACGCGCAUAUGUAUAUCGAAAGAAUACCAGUGGAUACUAUACCCGAAGACGAAGCCGAAGCCGCUAAGUGGCUGCACGACGUAUUCGUUACAAAGGACAAAAUGCAAGAUUCAUUUUUUAACACUGGAGAUUUCUUCGUAGAGUCUGGAGUGGAACGAGUAGAGCCCUUUCAGAGGCCAAACAGAAUAUACUCUCUUCUAAACACUAUGGGCUGGGCAGUUGUGACCCUGACCCCUAUGUUGUAUUACCUUCUGGGACUACUGUUUAGUGGGAAACUCCUUUACUUUUCGAUCGGUGUCACCAUUCUCGCGGCAUUUUAUAUACUCCUCCAGAAAUCCAUUGGGAUGUCGAAAAUCAGUCAAGGAUCUUCUUAUGGGACAGAAAAGAACAAGUAGAGUGGGUAUCAGAAUUGGUUCCAUAUUGAUUUAUAAAAAAUAAAAAAAUCCAGGUUUCAAACAAAACAAAAAAAUUGUUAAAAAGUGUGAAAGUCUAAUUAAAUUGUCUACCCUCAACGGAUAGAUUUCCUUGUGUUCCUUACAUUUCUAUUGGCUUUUUUAUAUUUAUUAAUUUAAGUAAGUAAUCUUAUAGAUGAACAGGUAGAUACUAGUAGACUGACAUAAUUAAAAUAAUUUGAAAUAUGUCGGCUUUCCUCAUAAACCUUACUUAAUUUAAGUAUUAAGUUACUAGUUGCUUAUUUGUACAGUGACAACCAGUAAUUCAUUCCUUAAAUUUAAUAAG